CGCAUCGAAUCGAAAGUGAAUCGGAAUAAAAAUCUGUGAGCUUAACAAUGCAUUUAGUAGCAAAGCUUCUAGUUGUUUUGUUUGGCCUGGCCAUUGGAAUUCAAGCCAAGAUACGAAGACCGGUGACAGAGUCUUGCCUCUAUUGCAUUUGCGAGGCAUUGAAUGGUUGCAAUGCCACGGCUGUUUGUGUCAACGGGGCAUGUGGCAUCUUUCGGAUUAACUGGAAUCGGUGGGUGGACAGUGGCCGGUUGACAAUUCCAGGGGACUCACCUUUAUCGUACCAUGCCUUUACAAACUGUGCCAAUGAUCCUAUUUGUGCCGCCGAAACUGUGCAGAGCUAUAUGGCCAAGUUUGGACAGGAUUGCAACGAUGAUGAUAAGGAGGAUUGCUACGAUUAUGGGGCUAUACACUAUAAGGGUCCCAGGAACUGCCAAGAGGACCUACCUUAUUUUUACGACAGAACCUUUACCUGUUGUGUGAGAAAGGCUGUGCAACUGGAGGAAGAACGUCAGAAAUUUCUAUCUAGAUUUUAGCCACUAACUUAUAAGGAAGAGUCACUAUAAUUUAUGUGCGAAUAUGGCAAUACUAAUUACUAAUAGAAGUGUUACUCUUGAUUAAUAAACAAGUGUCUGGUAGUAAACUGAGA